AGACCUCCUACUCUUCACUGUUAGUUGGGAGGUUGAAAACCAGACAUGGUCAAAGGUCAAAGGUUAGUUUAUUUUUGUCGUUCUCAUGGACAACGGCGACGCCUUGUAAUACAUUAUUGAUCGUCGACACGGUCGAUACCUGACGAAUUGUGACAAGAUCGCUCUGCCUUUGAUCUGUUUGACAGCACCUUUGAGAUGAGUGUAAAAUUUGACAGCAGCACUUUCAUAACGGACAACCAGAUGAGCAGAUGAGUGAGUACAAUUUUGGUAGAUUUGUGUUCGUAAUCGUAGCAGGCAUGGCGGAUUGUUGUGUGUGGUUUGGUUGUCACGGUGGCAGGCCCCAGUGAAAAGAACGGGAGCUAAAGAACAGGUCGUCACACAGUUACAAAAACUGGGAAAGUAGAUGUAGUUCAUGUAGAUCAAAUUUUCCUGCUCCAACUCCAAAAAUGACUACCAUGGCUUCAAAGGUUUCAACAAAAGUUCCACUGAACAUGUUGCAACACAGAAACUCAUUUUGCAGUAGUAAGCAUGAUGAGGCUCCGCCACCCACAAGAGUCUUUGAAUGCCCUGAACAUAGCAGUGAUGUGCUAAAACAACUCAGUGCCUUACGCACAAGGCGGGUUCUGUGCGAUGGGACACUUAUCUGUGGUGAGAACCAUUUCUCCAUCCACCGUAUUGUGCUCGCCGCUUGCAGCGACUUCUUCCGGAAGAUGUUCAUUGGGAACGACAACAUCAAGGACAUUCAAAUCAGCAGCAGCAUCUCUAGACUGGGGCUCGAAAUGCUGAUCCACUUUGCUUACACUUCCCAGCUGACCCUGACUUCAGAAAAUGUUCACAAGACACUGCAGGCAGCCAUUCAGCUCGGCGUCCAGCGUGUCGUUGAUCUAUGUGUCCAGUAUCUCAUCACGACAGUCUGCUUGCAGAACUGCAUUGAGCUACUCCAUCUUGCAGAGAAACAUGAUUUCAGUCAGCUGCAUGCAGCAGCACAAAAUUUUAUCCUGGAGAGAUUUGUCAGUCUCUCUGAGACCAAGGACUUCCAGACCUUGACCCCAGAGCAGAUGUCGUUUUUUAUCAGUCAGGAUCGAAUGGUGUCGGGAUCGGAGAUUCAGCUCUUCGAAACUGCAGCAAAGUGGAUCAACCACUCCCCCAGGACUCGCAUGAAGUUUGCUCCCCGGCUUAUGAAACACAUCCGAUUUCCACUGAUCUCGUCCAGUGAUCUGGUGGACCAGGUUGAAUCCCACAGCUUCAUGAUCGAGAACUCAGAGUGCCACCAGCUCUUGCUAGAGGCCCUAAAUUAUCACCUGGUGCCCCAGCACCAGCACCUCUUGCAGACUGCCCGGACCAGGAUGCGGUCCACCAAUGAGGUGGUGCUGAUAGUAGGCGGGGAGUUGCCCAAUAAGAGUGUCAGCAGCAAUGUUAUGAUCCUAGAUGAGCCACACUGCCGGCUGAAACACCUUACCUCGAUCCCGCUGAGGAGAGUUGACCACAGCGUUGCUGUCCUAAAUGACUUUCUGUACGUUGUCGGUGGACAGGUGACCCUGACAUCCAGUGGCAAAGACAGCAUCGGCACUGUCCAUCGCUAUGAUCCAAGAUUCAACACCUGGCUCCAGAUGUGCCCGAUGCAGCAGAGGAGGGCCUUUUUUUGUCUGGUGCCACUGGAUGGCAAGCUGUAUGCCAUGGGAGGCAAGAAUGAGCAGGGUUCCCUGGCCUCAAUGGAAGCAUAUAACCCUGGCAAAAACACCUGGGCCUAUGUACAGCAUCUUCCCGAAGCCAUGUAUGCCCAUGCAAGCUGUGUUCUUAAUGGUAAACUGUAUGUCUCUGGUGGCUUCACCAACCACAACUUCAGCAAAGCCAUGUUUGAGUAUGAUUCCCAGCGAGACGAGUGGAUGCCCCGCCAUGCUAUGCACGCACCCCGUGGUUUCCACAUGGCGUGUGUCGCUGGGGACCAUGUCUAUGUGAUGGGUGGGAAUCAGUUCAGCGCCUAUGGCGAAAGAGUGGACGUGAUGAGUGUGGAGCGCUACAGCCCCGGUCACGAUCAGUGGCUGACUGUCUCCCCUAUGCUGUCGGGUCUCAGCAUGGCCGGAGUGGCCGCCAUGGAUGACCAGAGGAUCUAUGUCAUUGGUGGCUACAACGGCCUGGCCCGCCAACGGGAGAAGGACAUCCAUUGCUACACUGUCAGCAAAGACGAGUGGGAUGUAGUGGGAGAACUGCCCGGGCCAGCACUGCGGAUGGCAUGCUGCACCAUGACGCUGACUACCAAUCUGCUGAAUCUGGCAACAUCAGACAACCAGUCCACGGUUUCACAAGGGACAAGCUCUCUUUCCAACUUCACCUCUGUUAGCCAGCAAUACUCACGCUAAAACCGAAGCUUGCAUUGUAUAUAUUUUCCAUGUUUGAAUAAAACAACAGGGUUACAAUCAGUUUUAAAACACUAGCAAAUUUGAUGUACAGAUAGGGUACAUGCACAUGUUGCUAGAUUUUAAGUGCAGGUGGAGGUGCAAUGUUUAUUUUCUGCAACUGUUUUGAGAGUCUAGGUUCAUUAACAUACAGGAAUGCAUGUAUAAUGAAACGCACAGAGCCAUGGGCCCCCUCUGACAACGGUUGGGAAUUUACAAUUAAUUUGAAGAACGUUUAGGGAACUUCCCCAUACCGUUUAAACGAGUGAACGACCCACCCUUACCACGGUGUCAUUGAAAACUUUAAAACACAAGAAAUUGUAUACAGUGUAAAUAGUUGACACAAAGUUCUAGUGAUGGUAUAUUCCUUUGAUAUGAAAGUGAUCUGAAAGUUGGAUCACAUAUUACAGCCAUAGUUUGCAAUAAAAAUGAACGUCAGAUUAAAAACGUCAAACCUCUCAGAUGGGCAGUUCCGUUUAAACGUUUGGAAAAAUCGGGAAACGGAUUUGGAACUUUUUUCGUUUAAACGUUUCAACAUUCAAACGACCAAACCUUCAGAGCAGAACGUGCAAAUAAGAGCACGUUCAAAUUCUACAGGUGUACAAGUACAGGUAGAACAGUACUUCUCAUAGUCAUGCAUGAAGAAUUUAAUAGAAUUUAAAUUCAUAGGACUCUGGUACAGAUAGUAAAGAUAUCAAGUCCAGCUUCUUGCCAUCAUGUGUCCUAAGGCAAGUCAUUUUGCCCCUGUCUGCCAGGCAUACGUGUAAUAGAUGUUAGCUGGAAACAGGAGUGGUGGCGUUUUCUGUCUGGUUCAUAAACAGAAAGAAACAGAAAAUACACACUACACUGAUGAGCCGUGUUGGCUCCGGAAAUCUGGAAUUGGAAGGAUUUCAGAUGUUCUGUCUCUUUCUUAAAGUUUAACUUAAACAAUAGUCAAAGAAGAUGCGGGUUUAUUAUAUUUUAGCAGCUUAUUGAAAAUUCUAAACAACCCAAAUCUUUGCAUUAUCACUAUUGUCUUUCGAGCGAGUGCAUGUUUUGUCUGAAAAUUAUUGCUGUAGGAAUAUUGUUGCCAAGCAAUUUGGGCUUUCUGAGCUGCAUCUAUUUUAAUGCUUAACUUAAAUGUUGACAACGUGUGUACUACUGAGCGGAAUCACAAAUAUUCGUUCUGGGUCUUUAAUUUGUUUUCAAAUUAAUUUUUGCUUGACUGGUUUUGAGAUGUUUACAUUUUGAUCAUUUCCCAGACUUAUGAAAGAGGCAUUUAUGCAAUCAUUUUUGAUUUUAACAAAAGUUUUUCUGGCAAUAGAGGCAUUCAUUUCUUCUGUAUUCUACAAGGAGUAUAAACAAUUCCAAAGAGAAGCGGCAGUGUGCUUGUACAUGUGCUGUAUUAGUUUUCUGAUAUGCAAUGAACGCUUACCUUUUAUAUUUUGUAUUAAGCAACAAAUCCUUAUUAGUAACUGUAAACAAGCAAAAAGCGACACACCGUCCUAUUCUACACAAUUUUUCCCAUAAAAAAUUUAUUUGCCAAAACGCAAAUCGCGAGGCAGAAGUUAGAAGAUAUCUUCAAUGUGAUUGGCUUUCUUGUGGAAUUUACAGUUUCUUACUAUUUUCAAGCGCCGGUUGAAGUAGAUGCAUGAAUUGCAUCUUGUAUCAAAAUUGUUGUUGUUGUUGUUGUUGUUUUCGGUUAGCUGUGGCAAGAAACGCAACAGAUCCAGAGUAUGUGCAUUACGGGAAACAAUCACUUCGGUACAGGACCAGACACCCUCAACACAUUACUGUAUUAUAAGAUACUUAGAACGCAGAAUAACGUUGUAUAAACGGUCAGAAUAACGUUGUAUAAACGGUUGUAUAAAUUGCAACAGUUGUGAAUAAGGGCAAACCAUGUCGUUGUUUUGUUGUAUUUCCAUGGCAGCUGUAGUUGUAAAUGUAGCAAAAGUUUACAUGUGGAAUCGGGCAGCAAGGUCAAGGUUACAAUAGUUGUAUUGAGAUCUGAUGAGUUAUAUUGAUAUUGCAUUGAUGUGAUGUACUAUUUACGCUUUGUCAUUUGGUUGCUAGGGUGUGCCCGGGGAGGUGUGGAAAUCCUUGAAUAAUCAAAUAAAAAUUAACGCUUUGAUUGUAUGUGCGGAAAUAUCGCUCUUAACAACAACAGGGUGUUCUAUUCUGCAAAAAAAAGGAAAAAUCAAUGAAAUUAAAAAGGGGCUGAUGGUGUUUGCAUUUUUCUCUUCAUUGGUUUUCCCACCCCGCAAGCCCGGGUCCGCCCUUGUAAAUAUUUUUUUUCUGACACUCAAGUGCUUUAGUUAAUUUUAUGCAUGCCAAAUAAAUUCUAGUGCUGUAUGUGUACACGUUAA